CCUCUUUCCACUAGCACCGCACGAUGCUUCUACUCGUAGAAAUCAUCAAGGCCCGGAUAUUUAUCCGGCUGAAACAUCCUAAAUAAUAUGAACAAAUACUUUUACAACAUACAUUCACCAUCACACUUGAAAACUUAGGUUACACCUAGUGCCAAAACCUAGGUUACACCUAGUGUCAAAAAACUAAGCAUUCACCAUCACAAAUUUGAUUAUACUAAACCUAGGCAUUCACCAUCACAAAUUUCGAUUUACUCCCUCCGUCCCAAAAUUCUUGUCUUAGAUUUGUUUAGAUAUGAAUGUAGCAAAAAAAAAGCUUCACAAAUACAAAGUUAUUGCAAAAAGUAAUUGGAGAGAUUGGAGGAGCUUACCGGCCUCUUCGAUUUGUCCCGAAGAUCCGACAAAAUGGUUGAGGGAGGAGGGAGAUUGAAGGAGGGGGGUCGGGAGGAGGAGAGAGGACUUUUUCAAAGAAGCUCGCAGGGAAGAAAGAAUGGCUGGUGGGCGAUGGGCAGCCCGUGGCUGAUAUUGGCCCUAGAAACGCCAUGGUGAUUGGCAUUUUGGUCGUGGACAACAACGGCACAGAGGACUAGCGUUUUGAUGGUGGUCUGAAACGCCACAUUAGUCUGGUGUUUUGUUGUGGGACGGCAACGCCACGGCUUGUGGCGUUUUAAAAAGGGUUAGAUCGUGAUUUUUUUUCAAACCGGUUUAUUUUAUGCUCAUGUUUGCUAGACAGUGAUUUUAUCCCAAGACUUGACCUGCCAUGCUGCUGCUGCAGUGGGAAUCUCACUAUUCAGCAUGCGGCACCGAAGGAGUCCAAACUCCAAAGGGGUUCAGGCACAGCCAUGUGAUGGACAUCUUGGCGAGAACAGAGAGGCUGAGGCAGAUUCUUUUUUCUUUCGAAAUAAAGCAGAUUCUGUAAUUUUACGUGUCAUUUUCUUCAACACGUGGCUACGAGAUUAGACCAAACAAGACACCCUGGCCCACUAAAAAAAGGGCUUCUAUUUUCUGUGACGAGAUCAGACUGUAGGAGAACACAUCAGUUACUUAUGGGAUGCAAAACAAGGGGGGUGGCUGGUUGCACUCACAGCGUCAGGUGCUGCUGCUCCACUAGACCCAAAUCACUCUCUGGCUUGCGCUGCUAGACUGCCACAUUCCAAUAUUUCUUGUGGUGACUGCCUUGAGUGUUAUCUGGGAAGGAUGGAUGCAUCAGCUGCAGCAAGAAAUCAGUUCAGAGUUUAGCUGAUAGCCAAGAAAGCUGUGUUCAAGCAGUUCAACGGCGGUGCUGCAGAGAAGAAGGCCAAGUAAGCCAGUUGCACAAACAUGUUGCAGCCGUGGAUCUCUUUCAUGGACUCAUAUCUUGCUUCAUCCUUUUCAGCCGGACAAUCUCUCAUUUCCAGGGCAUGCAUCUUCACGAGCAGGACAACAUUGGGAACAGUUGAAGGCGAGCAAUUGCCAACAGGGACCAACACAACUAGAGCCAGUCAAAAGAAUUAUUAGAAAGUUUGUGUGGAAGAAAAGUAUGACCAGAACUCAGGAAGAGCAGAAAGAGUAGGAAUACCAGUAUAAUUUACGAUCACUACAAAAUCUAUCGGAAGAACAAUAUGCUCAUGGGCUGCAGAAGAGGUCCAAACAAAAAUAAAUUGUAGACAGUGCCAAGUGUUAAGGGCAAACGAGGACUCGAUAUUGAAAAAAAUCAUGUACUGGACUAGAUAUUGAAAAAAUCAUGAAGGGCAAAAUCAAUCUAACGAAUCAACAGAUGCUGGACUCGAUAUUGAAACAAUCAUGCACCUGCCUAUAUUGCCGAGUGUUAAGGGCAAAUUCAAACUAUCAGCCAGCACAAGUGACAGAAUCAUCAGUUGUAGACAGUGCAAUAAUGGCUGACCGGAUGAUGAAACGAAGACGAUGGGAUGAAUUAACAAGAACAGCACGAAUGAAGAGGAAAGCACAAAUUCAACUCAAGAAGAGCAGAAAACGUGCUAGAACCAAUAAUGGUGAAAUAGGCAAGGAUGAUAAUUCUAAUGCCAGUAAGAUAUGGAACUUCGGGAGGCCAACAUACAUCUGCCAACACUGCAAUGCACUUAUGUGGCAUGAAGAAAGAGUACAAGCUUGCGGACGAACAAAGCCAACAUUUGGGAUAUGCUGCAAAAGAGGACAGGUUACCUUGCCAUCAUUGAAAGAACCGCCACCAUACCUUACGCAUUUAUUGACAAGAGAUGGAGGGGAAAGAUCAGCAAACUACAGAAAACACAUUAGGUCUUACAACUCCAUGUUUGCAUUCACAUCAAUGGGGGGGACUUUAGAUAAGAAAAUAAAUAAAGAACGUGGACCUUAUGUUUUCCGAAUGAAUGGACAGAAUCGCCAUCAGAUAGGCACCCUGCUACCUCAAGAAGGAAAUAAGCCUCGUUUCCAGCAGUUGUAUAUCUAUGACACAAAUAAUGAGAUCCAGAACAGGGUGGAAGCAUCAAGAUCUGGUAAACGUGAUGUCUCACUAGAUGAAACAAUUGUCAAUGGCCUACUAAGCAUGCUCGACAACAACAACACACUAGCACAAUCAUUUCGAAUGGCAAGAGAUAGAUUUAAAGAAGGUGACUACAACAACUUCACUCUUCGUUUACUUGGCAACAGGGAUCAAGAUGGAAGGAAAGAUAACAUGCCAUCAACAUCAGAAGUUGCUGCGCUGAUAGUCAAAGAUCCAACCCAAAAACAUUAUGGGCGUGACCUUGUUCUCGAGUACAAAGAUAUGAAACCUAAAAGGAUUUCAGAAAUCCAUCCAAAAUUCAUGGCCAUGCAGUACCCGUUGCUCUUCCCAUAUGGAGAAGAUGGUUAUAGACUUGGAAUCAAAUACAACGAAAAGAAAGGUGUAAGUAACAAGAAAUAUAUCACCAUGCUGGAAUACUAUGCAUACCAUCUCCAACAGCGCCCAGGUCAGUCAAUGUUGCUGCUAACAUGUGGAAAUCUAUCAAUGCAGUUCAUGGUAGAUGUCUAUACAUGCAUCGAACAGUCUAGGCUCAAUUGGGUAAGAAAAAAUCAAGGAAAGUUAAGGACAGAACUUUAUGAUGGACUACAGGACGCAUUCAGAAAAGGAGACACACUAGCAGAGCAAGUAGGGAGGAGAAUAGUACUCCCAGCAAGUUUCACAGGAAGUCCUCGAAACAUAGAGCAGAACUACCAAGAUGUGAUGGCAAUAUGCCGUUGGGCUGGAUAUCCUGACUUGUUCGUAACAUUCACAUGCAACCCUAAUUGGCCUGAGAUUCAGUUGAUGCUAAAUGAAGCCGGGAACCAGAAACCAGCAGAACGACCUGAUAUUGCAGUUCGAGUGUUCAUGAUAAAACUAAAAGAGCUCAUGUUUGAUAUAAAAAGUAAACAGCAUUUCGGGAAGACUAAAGCAGGUAAGUAUUAGUAAAUCAUCACUUACCAGUAAUACAUGUUUGCACUUUUUUAUGACUGGUAAUUUACUGAUAUAACUUUUUAAAAUGCAGUCAUCUUCACAAUAGAAUUCCAGAAGAGAGGACGCCCACAUGCCCAUAUACUAAUAUUCCUUGAUGGAAAAGAGAAAGGGAAGCGUCUCAAGCCCUCACAAACAGAUGAAAUUAUAUGUGCUGAAAUCCCGGAUAAGGACAGGGAUCCAGAAACAUUUGAAGCUGUCAAGAAUUUUAUGAUGCACGGACCAUGUGGAGAGGCAAAUCCAAAGUCACCCUGCAUGGAAAAACAUAUGUGCAGUAACUACUUUCCAAAAGAAUUUUGCGAUGAGACGGUCGUUGAUGAAGACAACUUCCCAAGGUACAGGAGACGAGAUAAUGGCCGCCAGAUAGAUAAGGGAGGAGUCAAAUUGAACAAUGGAUUUGUUGUACCAUACAACAAGCAUCUCCUGGUAAAAUUCCAAGCACACAUAAAUGUGGAGUUGUGUGAUCGAUAUAUGCCAAUCAAAUACCUCUUUAAGGAUAUCCGUCAAGGAGAUAACCAAGCAACAGCAAUGGUUGAAGAAACAGACAAAUCAAAAAACAAUGAUGAGAUUAAA